AGUUAAAUGAAACAAUUUUGUUCGUGAAUAACUGGAAUACAAAAUAAUAAUAUUGGACAAAAAUAAUAAUAUAAAAAGUAAUAUUUAUAACGGAAAACGAGUUUUUAUUGGAACCAAACAAAUGAAACAACUUUGUAAAUAUCAUGUAAUAUGCCUAGGAAAUGUGCCCUGCUUGCUCUCGUUAUUCUGUCAUUUGUAACGAAUCGGCACGCGUAAAGAAAAAGAAGAAUAUUGAAGCUUAUCGUUGGAUCGUCCUGUGGGAAAUGCAACGGUGCCGACAAAUAUAUAUAUAUAUAUAUAUUAUAUUUAAUAUAUAUAUAUAUUUACUGCUAAUUGGGUAUAAUCACAUACAGAUUUACUCAAAUUAUGGCAGUGGCCUUAAAAAAAUACAUGUAGUUUCAGCCUUCUCUCCUUCCUAUUUUUUGCGAUGCGAGUAAAGUAAUACAAAAAUAAAAAAUAGAGAACUUCGACAAAAUUACAAAAAAAAAUUACAAACCGUAUUACGUUUAGAAUUCCAUGAGAUACGUAGAUGCAACUAUUCCGUAAAAGUUGACUGUGAUAGUAUUGCAUCAAUAUGUAGUGUUUUUCAAUUCAAGAAGGAAUUUAUAGAAAAGCUCCUGAGAAUAUGCACAUGAAAGAAAAGAUGAAUGAAUGAAAAAUGAAUGAAAAAGGAGUUUUCUUAAAAAAAUAGGAAGUUCAAAAUAAUUCCGUGCAAGCUUUAUACAUAUUAAAAGAUGUAUCAAGUUUGAAUCAUUUUUUGAAAAUAUCAUUUUUCUUUUUAAUAUAGUAACAUUAUCGAUGAGGUUUUCAUCAUGAUAAUUCUAAACGUACAUACAUCAUGAAAAUUAUAUUUGGCUGAUGCAUAUAUUAUGAUGUAUUUAUAGUAAAGAUAUAAUAAAAUAAAAUUAUCUGUGCUACGUAUACAUGUGUACAUAUGUAUUGUGCAGAUGUAUAUGUACUAUUAUAUUUCAGAAUUCGCGCGAAAAUAUACAACGUUGAAAAUAUAAAUAUUAUUUGAAGAAAAAAUUGUAUAUAUGCGCGCGCGCGCGCGCGCGCGUAUAUAUAUAUAUAUAUAUAUGUAUGUAUGCGUGUGUGUAUAUGAUAUAAUUUUAAUAACAGCGUAUCUAUGUCGCUCUCAGUUUCACUUUUUUUGUACUAUCUUUACCGAUAUAUAUUUUUAUUUCGACUCAGGGCGCUGAAGCAGUUACAAUAUAUUCUUUAUUAAAGUAUUAAAUAUUAAAUAACAAUAUAUAUAGUGAACAAGAAAGAAUGAAAAAUGUGCAUGAAUGAAAAGUAAAAUAGAAUAUUAGGUGAUGUCACUAAUGUUCUUUAUCUAUACCGUUCCGAACUGUCUUAAUUAGAUAAAACAAACUAUAUAUGCAAGUUAAGAUUAUGAUACUCAUGCGAUAAAUUAUGAUGAAUGUAACACGCGAAUUUACGCGGAUUCAGUAUGGUACUAUUAAUAUAGUCAAUAAUUCCUGUUCUAAGGUCUAAUUUGGGAUUUAUUUUAUCCCCUUGGCACGUGCAGCUAUCUCCAUAAAUAAUAUUUCCAAUAUAUUACCAAUAUAUAUUCUAGAGAUAAAUAUUCUUAUUUGGUAUUGCAAUUCCCAAAGGCUGCAUGGUAAUCUAAGCAAAAAGAAAAAAAAGCUGUAAAAUAUAUCGAAAUUGAAAUUUUUUAAUAUUAUUUCUUGUGACAUAUUAUAUUCUUAUAAAUUCUUUUCAUAACUGAUUCGAACGGUGUUCGUGAUUAGAGAAAACAUGAUUAAAGAAGAAUUUAAAGAAACUGGAAAUGAAGCAAAAAUGUUUUAUAGUCUCUUUGAUAUUGAUUUAAAUCACUUUUGCAAUUAAUAAUGAUUUAUUGAUUUUCGCUUUAUUUGCAAAAUUUUAAAUAAUCUAAAACAUUCUGGUAAGAUUUUUCAAAUUUUUAUAAACUUCAAUGAAACAUUCCCAUUAAAUGUUAAAUUUCAAAUAAUAGUUAAAAUUUUAUUUGCAAGUAAGUAAAAUGUAGCUGUUUCCAGCGCAGCAGAAACUUUUUGAUCAAAAUUGGAAUAUUGGUUAUAAUUGCAAAAGAAAAGAAAGAAAAUGUGAAUUGUUGAAAAUAUGAAAAAGUUAGUUUAAAAUAUUGGAUUUUAAAAGAUUAGGAAUGCAUAAAUAUUUUACAAAUUUUGGACUGCACAAGAUUAAAAAUAUGCAAAAUAUUAAAAUAUCAAUAUAACAAAUGACAGAUUUAUUAUAUUGAUUUGAAGAUUUCAAGCAAAUCUCUUUUAAACGAUGAGUAAAGAUUUCCAAUUCUCCAAAUAUUAUUGUUUUAGGAAUUUAUGCAUUCCUGAUAUGAAAUUCAUGUCUGUGACUUAUUUAAUUUAGAUGUUUUCAUAUAAUAUGGUUCUAGGAGUUGGCAGAAGUAAUGGCCAUAGAAGAUUAGAUCAUACAAUACAUGUUCAAUUAAUGAUUAUGGAUCAUGUGAGAAAAACUGAUCACCAUUAAGUUUAAGAAAGCAAUUUUUGCGUUUUAUAUAAUAUUAAAAAAUUUUCUUUAAAAAUAUAUUAGAAAUAAUGUUAUUAUUUUUGGGAAGUAAAAAAAAGAUUUGAAAUAAUAAGAUUUUAUUUUUAGAAAAAACAAAUUCAAACAACACAAUAAAAAAAUUUUUUCAUGAUUAUUUUCUUAAUUCAGAAAAGAAGAGGAAAAAGAAAUAUUUGUAAAAAAGAAAUAUAUAAACUAUAAAAAAUUUAAUGUAUAUUAUAAUAUAAUUAUAAUUAAUAAAGAUAUUUUUGAACAAUAGUAAAAACAAAAGAUUUACUAAAGUUAAACUUAUUGAGAUUUCAUUUCAUACAAAAAAAAAAUAGAAAACAUGAUAAUAUAGAAACUCAUUAUUUCGAAUUUGUUCAAAGUCAUUCAAAAAUUGUAUUAUAUCAUCAAUCGAGGAAAAAAAUACAAAUUUUUAUUUUUUUACUUUUUUUCUUUUUUAGAUUUGAAAACAACGAAAAGAGUGCAAGUUGAUCUUUUCAUACAUAAGUCUCUUGAAAUCCAUUAAAUGACAAGAAAAUUUAGAACAAUAUUUACUAUUUUUAUUCUAAAAUACAAAUAAAUCUUCGUGGAAACUUAUUGGUGAUCAAGUUUAACAGGACAAUAUUACAUAUACAUAUAUAACACAUAUUUUAUCGAAAAUUAUAGAGCAGUAGUAAUCUAUCUAAAUCUUCUGUGUCUAAGUUAGCAAAAAAUGAUGCAAUUUUUAGAGAGAGAGAGAGAGAGAGAGAGAGAGAGAGAGAGAGAGAGAGAGAGAGAGAGAGAGAGAGAGAGAGAGAGAGAGAGAGAGAGAGAGAGAGAGAGAGAGAGAGAGAGAGAGAGAGAGAGAGAGAGAGAGAGAGAGAGAGAGAGAGAGAGAGAGAGAGAGAGAGAGAGAGAGAGAGAGAGAGAGAGAGAGAGAGAGAGAGAGAGAGAGAGAGAGAGAGAGAGAGAGAGAGAGAGAGAGAGAGAGAGAGAGAGAGAGAGAGCGCAUUGUAUGAAUAUUUCUGAUUGAUCAGCCAUUAACACGUUCAGUGUUAUGGAAGAAUUCUAUCUGCUAACUUCUUCUUUUUUACAAUAUAUUAACUUUAUAAAGUAUAUUGUAUACAUUAUUAAUGAUUACUGAUUGACUGAAAAGGGUCCACUAGUGUUCUGAUUUACAAUUGAUAGAGUGGAUACAGCUCAAAAUGAUACUCAAAUGCUAUGUAAAUUAUAUAUUCAUUAAAAAUAUAGCACUAUUUUCUUUUAUACUAAUAACUUAUUAUCAUUAUCAUCAUCAUUAUCAUCGUCAUUGUCAUCGUCGUCAUUAUCAUCAUCGUUAUUAUCAUUAUUAUUAUUAAUUUAGUUAUUUUGAGCAAUGUAAUAGAGAGUAAAAGUUGCAUAUUUUAUUUUCAGCAUUUAUCUGUUAGAUGAAAUAGUAAACGAUAAAAUUUUAAGAAAACAAUAAGUUCAACUUAUUAUUUAAUAAUUCUAUAUCCUAUUUAUAAUUUUCAAGUGUACAGUUUAUUCCUAAACAGGAGUAAAAAUCUAUUCAGAAUUAUUGUAAAUAUAUUUAGCUAUUUAGUUAGAUGAAAUGUACAUAUCAUUAAUUUCUUCUAUAGAAGAGUCCAUUCUAUUCGAUUGUGAAUUAAUAUUUAAUUAAUAAUUAUAAAAUAUAAAUUGUUUAUUAUAGACAAUAGUAAAAAUUUAAUUAGUAGAGGACACUGAACGUGUUAAAAAUGUUAUUCUGCAGAAACAUAUGUUAAAUCGCUAGCUUUUAGCGUAAAUAUUUUGUUUGAAGAGAAACUAAUGAGAGAGAGAGAGAGAGAGAGAGAGAGAGAGAGAGAGAGAGAGAGAGAGAGAGAGAGAGAGAGAGAGAGAGAGAGAGAGAGAGAGAGAGAGAGAGAGAGAGAGAGAGAGAGAGAGAGAGAGAGAGAGAGAGAGAGAGAGAGAGAGAGAGAGCGAGAGAGAGAGAGAGAGAGAGAGAGAGAGAGAGAGAGAGAAUUAACGAGUUCGACCGAAUCAGUAUAUUGGUAACAAACUAGAGAAUCUAUAGAAACACGGAAAAAAAUCGCUAUUUUUUCUUAUUAUCUUGAUGAGAUAUUCUAAUAUGCCAUAUUAUAUAUCUUGUUUUUUUUGUUUUAUCUUCUGUUAAAAAGUCUCUUUUUAAUAUAGUCACAAUUCACCUGCGUUAAUUCAAAGAGAAAAUAUAUAUCGAGUAAAAUAUGUGUUGAGAUAUUAUUAUUUAUAGUUAAUUUGUAUUAAUUGUCAUUAAUAUCAUUAUGCGCUAUAAAUAUAUGUUGUAAACGAUUAUUAUGUAACGCAUGAAUGACGUUUAAUAGAGUAUUUAUUGAAAUUAUCAUUCGUGUCUAUUUUUCAACCAUAAGAAAUAUUUAUUUAUUUUAUUUUUAAAUAUUUAAGUUUAAUUAAUUUUUCUAAUUAUAUAAUAGUUUUAAGAUUACUUUAUCAUUUAAUAAUAAUAGAAAGAAAAAUAUCAAAUUAUUUUUAAUCAAUGAAAAAAUUAAUAAAAAAUAUUCUUAAUUCGUAAAGAUUCAUACAUGAAAAAUGUAGUGGGAGACUUACGUUGUAAAACACACACAAUUGCAACAAUUGCAUUAAAGCUGAGUAAGAUAACUUCAAUCAACAUUCUAACGAACGAUGUACGAUGAUUGUAUCGUGUGCCAUUCCCAAGAACGGUUCGACUUUUACGUUUCUUGCUUUAUAACAUUUGUAAAAGAUGACCUCCGUUCAGGAAAAUAUUAGGGAUUCUAAGAACAUUAUACAACUCAUCAUCAAUGAACAAAGUUAUAUUGUAAAAGAAGAUAUUCCACCUGAUACUAGUCUAAAUAUCUUUAUUCGAGAUUAUGCUAAAUUACGAGGAACUAAAGCUAUGUGCCUUGAAGGAGGUUGUGGUGCAUGUAUUGUAUCAGUAAAAGUUAAGAAUGAGGAUAUAUCUGUGAAUUCUUGUUUAGUACCAAUUCUUAUUUGCAAUGGAUGGGUCAUAAAAACAAUUGAGGGUUUGGGUAAUAAGAAAAAUGGCUAUCAUACUUUACAAACAGGAUUAGCAGGAAAAAAUGGUUCUCAAUGUGGUUUUUGUUCACCUGGAAUGGUAAUGAAUAUGUACAGUCUCUUAAAAAAAAAAAAUUUAACAAUGAAGCAAAUAGAAAAUUCUUUUGGAAGUAAUAUAUGUCGUUGUACUGGUUAUCGACCAAUUUUAGAUACAUUUAAAGCAUUCGCCAAUGAUGCUGAGGAAAAUCUUGUUAAAGAUAUUCAAGAUAUUGAAGAAUUAUUUAAUAUAAAAACUUGUAAAAAAAUUAGUGCGUUGUAUGAAAAUAGUUGUAAUUGUUGUUGUACAGUCAUUCAGAAAACAGAACACAAAAUUGAUAUGAAAUUGGAUAAUAGUGAGUUUCAUAAAAUUUUAUCAAUUGAUGAUUUGUUUGCAUUAUUUCAAAAGAAUUCAAAUGCGAGCUACAUUUUACAUGGUGGCAAUACUGCACAUGGUGUAUAUCGAUCGGAAAUACCAGAUAUAAUCAUUGAUAUAAAUGAUAUAUCUGAUUUGCGUAAUAUAAGAAAAGAUAAUGAUACUUUAACUAUUGGAGGCAAUGUUACCCUUACUGUAGCGAUAGAAACUUUUGAAAAAUAUUCAAAAGAACCAGGAUUUAAAUAUUUACAACAUUUGGCUAAACAUAUUGAUUUAAUUGCUAGUGUUCCUGUAAGGAAUAUUGGAUCUCUAGCAGGAAAUUUAAUGAUUAAAUACGAGCAUCGAGAAUUUCCAUCAGAUUUAUUUUUAAUUUUGGAAACUGCGGGGGCACAAUUACAUAUAGUGGAAGCUGGUGGUAAGAAAACUGCCAUGACAUUACUUGAAUUUCUAAACUGUAAUAUGAAACACAAAAUUAUAUACAGUAUAAUAUUACCAGCUCUUGGCGAGGAAUACGAAUACAGAUCUUAUAAAAUAAUGCCGCGAUCACAAAAUGCUCAUGCUGCUGUAAACGCAGCAUUCUUGUUUAAAUUGGAUGGAAGUGGAAAAGUACUGGAGAAGCCAAACAUUAUCAUAGGUGGAAUAAACAAAAAUUUCUUGCAUGCUUCAAAAACUGAAAAUUUUUUAUUCGGGAAAUUCAUCUUUGAAAAGAACAUAGUUAAACAAGCUUUGGAUAUAUUAGAUGCGGAGAUACAACCUGACUAUGUUUUGCCUGAUUAUUCUCCAAAAUUUAGAAAAAUACUUGCAGAAGGUCUUUUCUAUAAAUUUAUUUUAAGUAUUAAACCAGAAAAUGUGAAUCCAAUAUUACGCAGUGGUGGAUCUAUUUUAGAGCGUGGAUUGUCUUCUGGAAAACAAAAUUACGAUACAAAUAAGAAUCUAUGGCCUUUGAAUCAGCCUUUGCCAAAAAUGGAAGCUAUAUAUCAAACAUCGGGUGAAGCACAUUAUACAAAUGAUUUUCCACCAUUUCCAAAUGAAGUUUUUUGUGCUUUUGUUCUUACCACAGUAGCUAAUGGAAAAAUAAAGAACAUUGAUGCUUCUGAAGCAUUGAAAAUGAAAGGAGUAAUAGCAUUCUAUACAGCUAAAGAUAUUCCUGGAAAAAAUGUAUUCAUACCAGCAAAUUCUCAAUUACUAUUCUUGAACUUUGAUGAAGUACUUUUUGUAGAUACAAAUAUUGAGUAUGCUGGACAGCCAAUCGGAGUAAUUGUUGCUACAACUUUUACAAUUGCUAAUCAAGCAGCUCAAAUAGUAAAUGUUUCCUAUAUUGAUUUCAUACCAGAGAAAAUAUUAUUGACGAUUGAAGAUGUACUUGCAUUAAAUGAUAAUACUAGAAUAUAUGAAUCAACUAAUUCCAUUGCACAAACUAAAGGAAAUGACGUGAAACAUAUAAUAAAAGGAACAUUUAGAAAUGGAAGUCAAUAUCAUUUUACUAUGGAAACUCAAACAUGUGUUUGUGUGCCAAUAGAGGAUGGAAUAGACGUUUUUGCUGCAACUCAAUGGAUGGAUCUCACCCAAGUAGCUAUAGCUCAAUGUCUUAAUAUAAAAAAUAAUAGUAUUAAUAUUAAUGUGAGGAGAUUAGGAGGUGCUUAUGGUGCAAAAAUAUCUCGUGCUACACAAAUUGCUUGUGCUUGUGCUUUAGUAUGCUAUAAAUUAAAUCGACCAGCUAGAUUCAUUAUGUCGAUAGAAAGCAAUAUGCUCGCUAUAGGAAAACGAUAUGAUACUCGUCAGGAAUAUGAAAUUGGCAUAAAUAAUGACGGUCAAAUUCAAUAUUUGAAUUCAAAACACUGGGGCAACAGUGGUUCCAAUUUUAACGAAUUUCAUGCUCCUAUAGUUGUAGAACAAAUGAAAAAUUGUUAUGAUUACUCAACUUGGACUUAUCAAGGCUUUGAAGUUAAAACUGACUUGCCUUCUAAUACUUUUUGUCGAGCUCCAGGUUCAACAGAAGGUAUAGCUAUAAUAGAAAACAUAAUGGAACACAUAGCAAAAACUGUUGAAAAAGAUCCAUUAGAAGUUAGAUAUGCAAACAUGAUUGAGGAUCACAAAAAAAUAUUACAACCUAUGAUAGAAGAACUAUGUCAGAAUGCAGAUUAUGAUAUUAGAAAAAGAGCUGUAGAUAUUUUUAAUGCUGAAAAUCGAUGGAAGAAAAAAGGAAUAAGUUUGAUACCUAUGAUGUUUCCUUUGACUAUUUUUGGUCAGUUUCAUGCACUUGUUUCGAUUUAUGCACGAGAUGGCACAGUUUCUGUUACCCAUGGAGGAAUUGAGUCUGGUCAGGGAAUUAAUACUAAGGUAGCUCAAGUAGCAGCACAUACUUUAGGUAUUGACUUAUCAUUAAUCACUGUAAAAGCAAGUAAUAAUUUAACAUCUCCAAAUAAUUUUGUUACUGGUGGUAGUGUUACCAGCGAGACUUGUGCAUAUGCAACUAUGAUGGCUUGCAAAGAACUAAUUCAAAGAUUAGAGCCUAUUAAAAAGGAGUUGAAAAACUUUUCGUGGCAAAAAUUAGUAUUAACAGCACACUUAAAAGAUGUUGAUUUAUGUGCGCGAUACAUGUUUACUGUAAAAGAUGAUAUAAAAUCAUAUCCAAUAUAUGGGGCAACUAUAGCAGAAGUUGAGAUUGAUGUAUUGACCGGACAACAUAUUAUACACAGAGUAGAUUUAAUUGAAGAUGUUGGAAGAAGUAUGAAUCCAGAACUGGAUUUGGGACAAGUGGAAGGUGCUUUCACAAUGGGUCUCGGAUAUUGGAUGUACGAACAGCUAAUUUAUGAUCCGAAAACUGGUCAACUAACGAAUUAUAGAACUUGGAAUUAUAAACCACCAGGUGCAAAGGAUAUUCCUGUUGAUUUUCGAGUUUAUUUCCGUAGAAAUACUACUAAUCCAUUAAGUAUUCUUCGUUCAAAAGCUACUGGUGAACCACCAUUAUGUAUGAGUUACGCGAUACCUAUUGCAAUUCAUAAUGCACUUAAUUCAGCAAGAAAAAAUUCUGGAAGUAAUGAUGCAUGGUACAAUCGAGAAUAUCCGCUUACAAUAGAAAAGAUUUUAUUAGAUAGUUUAACUACUAAAGAACAAUUAGUACUUUAAAAAUUUAUAUUUUCAAUAAAACAUUUAACAAUUUUUUUUUAAUAUCUAUCAUUUAUAAUAUCCAAUAUAUUUCAGUUUAUAAUUAUUCAUAAACAUAUAAUAAAUAUAUAAUAAAUAUAUAAUAAACAAUUUUUUGAUUAA